AUGCCCGCCAAAGCGGCCAUUGAGAGCCGUCCUCCCAUCGUCCUCACCUCACUCGACGCCCUUGCCCCGGUUCAUUACCAGAUUAUUGGCCACCUUCUCGAUACGAGGCCACUCACUUACAUGCGUCUCUCAAAGACUCAUCGUGACCACGCUCUCCGUCGACUUUCCGAGCCGGUCAUCAUUGACAGCGCCCUCCAAAAGAGAUUUCGAGAGACCAUCGACGCUCGUCGCAAAAAGCCUAUCAAUCCCACACUCCUUAUAUCCAUCGCCUUCUCUCAUUCAAUCAGCUUCGACUCACUCGAAACCUUCUCUCUGCUUGCUACCGACCUGUCUCACUUAGAGAGAGCCAAAAGGUACAGAAAGGAGCCCGGCUCGCCAUAUCCCUCCCUUCCGGCUCGACUCUUUGAGCAUGCCAGGCGCAUUCAAUUUUCGGUGGAGCCCUUCUUCGAGGCAUCUUCAGUCGUCUUUCGGUUUAGAGGUCGAAAGUGUAGGGGUGGACGAGCAUCCGCCAUUGGCCCUCAUUUGGGCGCCUCAUUUGGGCAAGUCGUCUUUUUGGUUGACCAGCCCUUGAUCGACACCACUGCCAUGCGACUCAACCCCAUUCCUCACUAUACUUCUGUGCAGUUGUGA